AUUAGGCAAGAAUCUAGUGGUUUGGUACAUCCGUUAGUACACCAUAAGUUCGGCAGUGGUGUAUCUGUGACUUCAUUUUCACCUAACUGGACAAAAAGCACAUUUUCAAUUCUAAACAUAAGUAAAGAGAAGAGAUAAGUGGAGGGGCACUAAAGUGUAGAAACCAACACAACUCAUGUUAAUUGCAGGUAUUUGGGGAUAAAAUUGCAUGUUAAUUUAUCCUAUUUCUACUGAAAUUGUUCAGGUUCGCCCAAAUGAGAUCAUAAGCAGCAUUAAAAUUUAAUGUAAGCAAGAUAACUUGCUUGCCAUGAAAUAAGCCAGAAAGGAAGGAGAAUAAUGGAGACAAGGUGAUAGACUUGACUUAAACACCACAAAAAAUAGUGUGCUAAUCUGUGGUGAACCCACCUUUGAUGGAAAGCACCAACUUCUACCUUUCCUGAAACAAAUGUUUCACUUACUUUUUCCUGAAAAAAAGGACAUUUGAAGAAGCAUACUGUGUACCUUAGUACCAAUGAUAUUGAUAGAACAUGAUUGCAUGCCUGCUAGAGCUGCAUGAUAGCUAAACAUGAUGCUGCCAGAUAACAUAAGGACAUCUCUAACAUAAGUUGUCUAUGAAAAGAUGAAGGUUCCAGGAAGCUGAUCAUACUUGUGUUUACUGUUUCCUCAUGUUGUUCUGUUUGCUAGAUCUAGACAUCUAGUGCUAGGGAGGUGGCCAUGCAUGAACUGUCUGGUUGGUAAGCCAUGUUUGACCGGACAGUCCAGGUAAAGAAUCAUGAACUAAGUCUAUUUGGUCAAUGCAAACAGUGAUGUCCUAUGUACAAGUGUCAUUGUGAUUUAAGAAGAACUUGGUCAAAGAUGACGCUCAUGUGGUUUGGCACAGUUUGGCACAAUCGGGUCCCAGAACAGCUGAACAAAACAAAAGAUGGGCUUAUAUAUAUUUUCAGGGGGCUUUCUGAAUUUCUGUUUUUCAGAAAUCAAAAGAAAGACACAUAGGGCAGAUGGUAUAUGCUCUUUUGAGUUUGUGUAUUUUCAGGAUCUGAACCACUUUGGCUAUAGUUUACACUGAGUCAAAUGCUACUUGAGGCUUAUUGAUACAACUCUGAAGCUGGCAGUUGCUUAUUAUUGAUAUAAAAAAGUAUUUGGACUGCUGGAGUAGAGAAUUCUCUUGGUGGUUUGACAUCUUCACCUGUACUUACCCGUGUGAAGGAACAAAGAAGCCGGGAGAAGUGGAGCGUGGAACACGGCGACCACGUGGCUCCCCAAACUCCAUGAACCGCGUAGCUGGAAUGAAACAGAAAAUAAAAAUCAAAUCUUUCAAGGAGAAAGCGACGGGGAUUGGUUAAGGAAGAGGAAGGGCUCCUUUGCUUUGCUUGGUUCUUCUUCUUCCUCCUCCUCGUCCCAGUUUGGUUCCGCGACAAGCAAAGGCCACCCACCCCAACCUGACCCGACGCGGCCCACACAACCUCCCUCUCCUUUCCUCCCCGCAUUUGCUCCUCCCCGGCGAUCUAGUCCCCGAUUCGCGCGCAGUUCGCCGGAGAUCUGCGCGUCAAGAAGGCUUCGGGGAGUCCGGGCCGCGGUUGGUAGCUUUUAUAUGGGGAUCUCGCACCCUCUCUCUGACGAGUUCUAUGGCCCCCGCGGCGGCGGCGUGUUGCUGUCGCCCGAGAGGACGCCCCCGUCCUCGCCGCCGCCUGCGUCCUGCUGCUCGGCCGUCGACCAGGACUUCAUGGAGCACGAGGUCUCCAGGAUGGACACGCUCGCCGGCAUCGCCAUCAAGUACGGCGUUGAGAUAUCUGACAUUAAGAGGGCGAAUGGUCUUGUGAGUGACAGCCAGAUGUUCGCACACAAGGCAUUGCUUAUACCUCUACCAGGAAGACCCAUGCCAUCAUCUGUCAGGUUGAAUGGUUCCAGUCAAAGAUCGAAAAGAGCGUGGGCUCCAAACCAUCAGCAAAACAGGGAUGUUGAGGAUUCAUUAGAUUCAUGCAAGUCUGGUCAGCAGCAGUCGUCGCUUGCAAUGAGCAACUUGCAGAGCUACUAUGGCCUUGACUCUCAAAGAGGAGAUUACAGUACUGAAAUGUCCUUGUACAGCAAGGGAAGUCCCCAACGCAUUGGCACCGAAGCGUUGCUCGAUUACUCUUCUCCACUGGACAGUAUGCAAAGUACUGGCAGAAGCCAGGACUCGGAAGACACUACAAAUGGUGCGAGUGGCACAAAGGGCAAUGGGGCAACCAAAGCAAAGCAAGAUGGUUCCAUACGCAGGCGGCAGAAAGUGGAAUCCGACCAUCUAUCGAACACGACUGAUACCCAGGAUGAUCUUCUGUCAGACUCAAUUAAGAUGAUCAAGAGUUUCUUGCCGAAGCCGCUUUCCAGCAUCCGUCUUAAUAUGGACACGAGCAGCCCGGAUCCCACCGCGAAGAGCAAUGGCUCACUUCUAAGCGGGUUUAAAUCGGUGCGGAAGUCACCAAGUGCGCCAAACUUUGCAGAUUCAGAGAAUGGGAUCUCCAUGUGGUCAAGUUCCAAGUGGACCUUCAACCACGAGUCCUUCACCCGACCAUUGCUCGAUGGCCUGCCGAAACCCUCACCGGCUCGCAGGGCGAAAGCUGCUCUGGACUGAACCUACUCUUCUAUGUCGUUAUCAUAGUGGGUUGUCUGCUAAGAUUGCUACGCCUCUCCAAGUUCCAUGUACCGUGAUAUCUGUGUGUCAGCUGAUCGAAUCAGGGGGCGGGGAUGGAAGAGGAGACUUGGUUCGAUAUGAUCUGCCGCCUUGUAAAUCCUCGUUCCUGAAAGUGACUUAUCUGCCACGUAGAACCUCGUUCCUCAGAGCGACGAUCACACGAAGGGUUCACUUAGUCAUCCAGAGGAAGUGCUGCUGCAUCAUUUUCCCUGCUUUUCGAUCUCAGGUGGUAUCUGCUAAUUAAUCAUUCAUCCAUAUUUUAAAAUUGUACAGCACAUUAUACAAAUGAGUAGGUUGUAACUGAAUACAAGUAUUGCCUUCCACUUUGACAUGGUCAAGUCUCUUA